AUGUUGGAAAGCUCACAAGAUGAAGAGUUGUCAAUAUUAACUAAAUAUAUUCAGAAGGGCUGGCCUGAAAAUAAAAAUAAUAUCCCCGAUAUUGUAGAUUCUUAUCACAAAUUAAGGGGUGAACUCAGUGUAGAUCAGAAACUAGUAUUUUUUAAUGACAGGCUUAUUAUACCAACAUUUUUGAGAUUAGAUUUUAUUAAACAAUUACAUGAGGGGCAUUUAGGCAUGAGAAAAAUGAAACAGCUGGCACGAAGGUUAUAUUACUGGCCUCAAAUGGAUAAUGAUAUUGACGAAUUUGUUAGAAAAUGUUUCACCUGUCAAACAUAUCAUAAUAAUAAUAUUAAGGAGCGGCUAUCACCACAUGACAUUCCUAGAUGGUCAUUUGGAAAACUUGGUUUUGAUAUAAUGGACUUCAGAAGUAAGAGCUAUCUUGUAUUCUACGAUUUCCAUCAGUGA